AUGACUGGCCUACAUAUUCUUCUCGGUCAUUUAGAAGUUCGGAAGCAGAUCAAAGAUGAACAGUGGGCUAGCACUUUAUUUGGACCAACUGGCGUUUUGACGACAAUAUUCCAUAUAAUGGACGAUCGAAGGAAAGACUCGAUCCCGAAACCAAAACCCGUGGAUUUAGCAAAAAUUUUUGAGGCUUUCCUUACCUCACCUCAAGGAGACUUUGAGGACCCAAUAGCAGAAUUACCAGAAUUUCUCGGUAUUUGUAACAGGCUGAGCUGUGGAGAUAUCUAUAAGGCUAUUGACCAAUUUCGAAAAAGCGAGUUCUUCACAAACUUCCAGACAGCGUUGCAGUUAAUCCAGGAUCCGAAAGGUUGGGAAAUUCUUGGUGAUUUACUUUCAAACCCUGAACUGAUCUCGCAAGUAACCGGUGGUGGUGGAAGUGGCUUAUCAAAUAUAUUUGGUUCCGGUCUGACAGAAGUAAACAAAAAAGAAGGAAAGCCACGCACAGGUUGAUA